AUGAGCUCUCCAAAGCACUCCAUCGAUGUCGAGAUGCUCGAGAGCCGCGAUGAGCAAGGCGUUCUAUCGCUGACUCCUGAUGAGCUGGCGAUGGAGAAGAGGAUGGUUCGCAAAAUUGACAUGAUCUUUCUUCCCGUCACAGCUCUGACGUAUCUGCUCUGCUAUUUGGAUCGAUCUAAUAUCGGCAACGCUCGCAUCCUAAACGCAGACACGGAAGACGACUUGAUGCAUUCGUUACACCUGUCCAAGUACGAGUACACCAUAGCUCUCAUGUUGUUCCUUGUAGCAUACUGCGUCUUCGAAACGCCGAGUAAUCUAGCUCUCAAAAUACUCACACCGAAUCGGUGGCUCGGAUUCCUCAUCUUCGUCUUCGGAUCGAUCUGCACAGGUAUCGGUGGAAUCCAUAACUUCGCCGGUAUUAGUGCAAUGCGAUUCUUCCUGGGCGCUGCUGAGGCAGGCGUCUUCCCCGGAAUGAUAUAUUACUUCAGCUUUUGGUACAAGCCAGAGGAGCGUGCUCUACGCAUUGCUACGUUUCUCAGUAGCGCCUCCUUAGCUGGAGCAUUUGGAGGAUGCAUUGCCUAUGGUGUCGGACACAUGAACAUGGUGGGAGGUCUGGAGGCUUGGCGCUGGCUGUUUAUCAUCGAGGGAAUUCCAUCCGUGAUUCUGGGUAUCUUGGUCUUUUUCUUUCUACCCAGCUACCCAGAGGACUGCAACUUCCUGACCACCGACGAAAAGCGCCUCCAGGCUAGAAGACUUGGUGAACUGGCUAGCAGUAAACAAAAGAUUACCUGGCCCGAUGCUCAAGCGACCCUCUGCGACUACAGACUGUAUGCUCACUAUUUGGCCUAUACCGGCAUUGGCUGCCUUAUCAGCUCCCUGUCUCUUUUCGCGCCAACUAUUGUUGAGGGUCUUGGUUUUGUAGGACUUCGCGCGCAGCUUUUUACCGUGCCUCCAUAUGCACUCGCCUUCAUCUGCUCCAUCCUCUCUGCUUUCGUCUCUGACCAUCUCAGAGUUCGCGGCCCAGUAACCUUUGCUGCUCUUUCCACUUGUUGCGUUUCCUUUGUCAUCUUGGCUGCCCUUCCAGGUGAGCACUUUACGGCUCGUUACGUUCUCUUGGUUAUCAGUACGUGUGGUGCGUUCGCUGGUCUUCCAAGUAUGAACGCGUGGAUUGGAGACAACGUGAGCAACACCACGGCAAUGUCUAUCGCCGUUGGACUGAAUGUCGCUUUCUCCGGCCCAGGCCAGAUCAUCGGUGUAUGGAUCUACCGUGCUCAAGAUAAGCCUUUUUACAGGCUUGGUCACGGAAUGAACGGUGGAUUCUCCGCCAUGUCGGCAUGCAUUGCUUUAGCGCUCUGCUGCUACUAUCACCGUAAGAAUGUAAAGGGUGAGAAGGUUAACGGUCGGAGCUGGAUGAUUUAG